GAUGAGAUUGACUUCUCGUUCUCGGAGAUCAUGAUGAAUGGUAGUUUAAACAACGAUCCUAGGUCUAUAUACCGAGCCGAUCCAUCACCAGAUGUUGAUCGAGCGUGGGAUGAGAUAGCUCUGGUUAAAUAUUUUCCGAUCACGGAAGAAUCAUUACGCCGUCUUGGCAAGGAUCCAAAGCAUGCCGUGCGUGUGCCCACUAGUUGGGGGUACCAGGAAGGUCUUUUUGUAGCCCAAAAUGAUGGGCAGCAUCUACUUCACUGCCUCAACGUACUCCGAAAGUUUAGUUUCUGGGACUAUUACUAUCCUUCAAGCUGGCAACCGGAUAACGGUACGUGGCGUUUACCGCUACUAGAUGUUGCACAUCGGGGUCAUUGUUUAAGCAUGUUGCUCCAGCACUUGACUUGUCAACCUAGUCUAAACACUAUAACGCAUGUCUGGACAGACGCGUAUAAAGAUCUGUUCCCAGACUUCAGCAUAGAGCGCAAGUGUCUUGAUCAUAACCAAAUUCUAAAAUGGCAAGCGAGUGUAGCUAUCCCUGAUGGUCCAUUCCCUUAUCCAAAGGGCGAUAACGCAAGGAUAAUUCCUGCAUCGCCGGAGUUGAAAUUGAUACUCUCACCUGAAGGUCGACAAUAA